AUGAAACUUCCUCCUGCAGUCUUGGCCCUAGCUUGUCUAUCGGUGCAAGUCAUAGGAAACACUUUGUCCAAUCGAAAUGGUUCUUACGAUGUUGCAGAACACCUGAAUGGCGAAAAGCACGCUUUGUUGCAAGAUAUCGUGACUUGGGAUAAUCAAUCGCUUUAUAUCCAUGGAGAGAGAAUCAUGAUCUUUUCUGGUGAAAUACAUCCAUUCCGCCUCCCUGUCCAAUCGCUUCAUCUCGACGUGUUCCAGAAAGUUAAAGCCCUCGGCUUCAAUACGGUUUCGUUUUACGUCGACUGGGCUCUUUUGGAAGGCAACCGAGGCACCUAUCGCGCAGAUGGUGUUUUUAAUCUGCAGCCGUUUUUUGACGCAGCAUCUCAAGCGGGAAUCUAUCUUCUUGCCCGCCCCGGUCCUUAUAUCAACGCUGAAGAUGAUGCGUCGUUAUGGCCUUCAGGAGCUCUGCCUACCUAUUUCCUGGAGCGUCACAUGCAGCAAAGCCCGUCGACUCCUUUGUCACUUGUUGAGUUCCAAGGCGGUUUCUUCGGUGCUUGGGGAGGGCCCGGUUACGACAAAUGUAGUGCUCUAUUCAAUGCUCAAUUUGAAAAUGUCUUCUACAAAAACAACCUGGCCGCUGGAGUUGCUAUUAUGAAUUUGUACAUGAUAUACGGCGGCACAAACUGGGGCAACCUCGGCUAUCCAGGAGGGUACACGAGCUAUGACUACGCUGCAGCGAUAUCUGAAACGCGGGAAAUAAACCGUGAGAAGUAUAGCGCACUUAAACUCAUUGGUAACUUCCUCAAAGUCUCGCCUUCGUAUCUCGAUGCUGUACCUGGCAACGCAUCAACGACACAGUAUACACAAACAGCGGACCUUACAGUGACUCCAUUGAUUGGGCAAAAUACUCACUCCGCAUUUUUCGUCGUCAGACAUACUGAUUACGCUAGUACCAGUUCCACAAACUAUACCCUUAAACUUCCAACGAGCGCUGGUACUCUGACCGUGCCUCAAUUAGGAGGUUCACUGACCUUGAAUGGCCGCGACACUAAGCUCCAUGUCACUGACUAUGAAGUUGGGACUAUAAAUGUUCUUUACUCAACAGCAGAGGUACUUACUUGGAAAAAGUUCCACGACUAUCGUGUGCUUAUAGUCUACGGCGGGCCAGGCGAGCAUCAUGAGAUUGCAAUUUCCUCGAAGUCGGCGGCUAUUGUAUUGAGUGGUGAACAGUCUUCUAUUCUAACAAAGUCUGUGAACGGCCAGUCUGUUAUAUCGUGGGAUGUAUCAUCUUCGCGAAUUAUCGUUAAAGUUGAAAAUCUACUAAUUUUACUCAUUGAUCGUAACACCGCAUACAAUUAUUGGGUCCCUCAACUUGAUAAUUCACCCUCCAAGACUGAUUUUACGACGAUGAGUACCGUUGAAAACUCAAUUAUUGUUAAAGCCGGUUACCUUGUCCGCACAGCCUACAUACAAGGUGACCAACUGCAUGUCACAGCCGACUUCAACAGCACCACAGAAGUCGAAAUUAUUGGAGCUCCAAAGUCAGUCAAGUGCCUUUUCAUCAAUGGUGAGGAAUUCAGCUACAAUAGGGAUGCGAACGACUUCUGGAUAGCACAGUUCAACUACACGAGUCCAGACCUCAUUCUUCCGGACUUUUCAAAAUUAGAAUGGAAAUUUAUCAAUAGCUUGCCAGAAGUCCAACCAAUCUAUGACGACAGCGCUUGGAUUAGUGCUAAUCACAAUACGACCAAUAACACUGUCGCCCCUUUGAAAACCCCUGUUUCUCUUUAUUCAUCUGAUUAUGGAUUUCAUACUGGCUCCCUGCUUUACCGCGGCCACUUCACCGCCAAUGGCUUAGAAAAGACUUUCACUAUGCAGACUCAAGGUGGUACAGCGUAUGGAAGUUCCGUCUGGCUUAACCAGACGUUUAUAGGUUCUUGGGAAGGGAGCCCUUCAAGUGACUCCCAGUCGUCUACCUUCAACUUGCCGUCUCUCGAAUCAGGAGCCAGCUACGUAUUGACGAUUAUUGUCGAGAUCAUGGGUCUCGACGAAGAAUGGAGAGGGCCCCCACGUCAAUUGAAGAACCCACGGGGUAUACUCGACUACAACCUUUCGGGCCAUAACAAAGAUGACAUUUCCUGGAAACUGACGGGAAAUCUCGGCGGCGAGGACUAUAUCGAUCUUGCGCGUGGUCCACUGAAUGAAGGAGGUCUCUACGCAGAACGACAAGGCUGGCAUCAACCCGAUCCACCGAGUGACCACUGGCAGACAUCCAGUCCUCUGACCGGGCUGGACAAAGCUGGCGUCGGCUUUUACUCCACUUCGUUUCAUCUCGAUCUCCCUAGAUAUUAUGAUGUCCCGCUGUCCUUCGUAUUUAGCGACGAUUCCGCCACCACGAAGCCGUACAGGGUGCAAUUAUAUGUUAACGGAUAUCAAUUCGGCAAGUUCAUGCCACAUAUCGGACCCCAAACGGAGUUUGCCGUGCCACAGGGAAUAUUGAAUUAUCAAGGCAAAAACUGGGUCGCACUAACGAUUUGGGCUCAGGAGAACGGUGGUGCGAAACUGGGCGGUUUCCGUUUGACCAAUUCCACGCCAGUGCGUUCUGCGCUGUGUGACAUUGUGGCAUCGGAGCAGCCUGUAUAUGAAAAGCGAGCCGGGGCAUACUAG